AUGACUGAAAGUGAGCUUCUCACCAGAAAUCCUCAAUCGACAUUACACACACCUCAUCAACACAGCCAGCAGCAAUUACAACAACAGCCUUCGACGUCUUUAUUGCUUAACCCUCAUGUACGAAUUGAGUCGAGGCCUGAAACUUUUACAGCUUCAAAUUUGAUCAAUGUAUUUUUUAAAAAUAAUUUUUUUAAGAAAUUAGGGAUGUUUUUUGAGUGGCUCCCAUUUACGGAUGAAAAUAUCCGCGCGAAAUUGUUUGCAAGUUUGGAAAGUCCGCACCUUAUUGAGAAACCUUUUUUCAUCCAGAUAUCUUUUCUUUUUUCUUUUUAUUGUUUUCUUUUUCAGUCUUUGGAGACUAAUUAUCAUAGCAUUGUUGAACGUUUUGGCAAUUCACCACUUACAGAAACAACUCAAUAUUUGACAAACAAUAUUAUUGACCCUAAAGAGGCAAAACAUUUAAUAGAUGGAUUUCUUUGUGGUGUUUUGGUUGAUGCACCAAAUGCUGAAAAGCACUUUACCUGCAUCAAAACUUUAGCAAUUUCAACUGAUCAAUGGAUGAGCCUUUUAACUUCAUUCAAUAUUUUAACUUUGGAAUGUUUUCCAUUUAUGAAACAUUCAUGCAAACAACAACUUUUAUAUUUUAUUGAUGAAACUUUAAAAUUACAACUUAGAACAAAUUUAGACUCUUCUUUUACAAAUAUUUGCAGAGCACUUUCUGAUGGUUUUUUAAAAUUUUUUUUUGUUAAUUUGGUUGGGAUUUGUGAGGUUUUUUUUUUGGGAUUGCAAUUUUGCUCGGACUUUAUUUUGCGAAUUUUUUUUCUUUUUUGAUUCCCUUGCCUUUAAUUUUUUUACCUUAGGAUUUUUUGGGAUUCGUAAAGAUUUUUUUGGGCUUGCAAUUUUUGCGGACUUAUUUUGCGGAUUUUUUGAUUUAGAGUCUCUUGCCUUUGUUUUAGUUUUUUUGAUUUUUGGGUUCCUUGACAAAUAGGUAUAUGGCUUUGAUGACUUUUUUUCAACUUUUUUUAAAAUUUCCAACGAGGUGGAUUUGUA